AUGCCUGAGGUGACAACUUCUGACUGUAGUUUCAAUCUGCUCGAGCAGACGGAUAUAUGCGAAACGUAUACGAUUUCGAUCGAUGAAGAGUUCACGUCCACUUCUAGCGGACCAAAGUUAGGCCAUGGCCCCGAAGCGACAGCAACGACGCUGGUCGACGGAGAAGGAGAUACCGAAAAGGUACCUCAAACGUCGGUUCCAACCCCGAGUCUUGGGGGGCCAUCUUCCGUGUUAGCCACGGUUACAGGCCAAACCAAUGCUGCGGAUGGACCUGUCGAGACUGCAUCGCCUCUAGCGGCUCCAACCUCCAGUGGUGGCUCGAAAGGAAUAUCCAAAGGCGCUGUGGCAGGCAUCGCUAUUGCGACCGCGAUUAUCGGUGCUGCCAUCGCAUUCUUCGCCGCAUUCAUCCUGUUCAAACGCAGGAAGCGACCCACCGGACACCACUCACCGUACGGUUCUACGCCUGAUCUGGUUGCUUACUCGAAAGUACCAAAGGGGCAUACACCGUAUGUCUCGGUAUCGCAGAGCGCAGCACCGCCACCACCUAUCGCAGCGGCAGCCGUACCCCCACCAAGACGAGAUCUCGAUCUCGCAACACUGGCCAAUUCGUCCGACUUUCUAGCUGGUGUGUUACCUCCAGCGGCCGACGAGAGCACCGUGAAGAACAGGGUCGCGGCAUUGUUCAACCAGGUCCAGCAGCACGUCGACAACUUUUACCGCGAUGUACACGCGAGCAUCACACCUACUAUGGAGAAAGAUCUAGCGAGGUUCGGAAACGAGGGAGCGAGCAUAGCGGAGAUGCUACAGAAUUCUUCGAUGCCUACUGCCGUCAUUAAGCACACGCUCGCAGGCUACAUUCUCAACAUCGUAUCGGCGGAGGGAGAAGAUCAAUCAACCUUGUUCCCUGCGGAACUUACAGGUAUAAGAGAGAACGAGCAGUUUGAUACACCGGAUCGCCUCGCAGCCUACGUCCUCUACAGGCGUCUCGCAGUACACCUCCACGCUCCCACACCCUCCACCCUUCAAACGCGCCAAUCCGACAUCCGCGAAGCCGCCGAACACUUCGCCCUCACAUUCUUCCCCUGGGCGAGCCCCACAUUCAACGAACAGGACAAAGACGAAGAGCUGGUGCAGAUUAUAAGUAGUGCGUUGGAUCUAAGCAUAUGGUUAUACGGAGAACCGUUCUUAUACGAAUUUGUAUGGGAGGGCGUGGGCAGGAGAGGCACUGUCGUUGCGCCGGGGCUGGUACGGGCGACUGACGAGCGGGGCAGGAUCUGCGAGAGGCCGCAGGUUCUAUUAGAGCCGGUUGUUGUGGCGGAUUGA